UAUUCCUCCAUUUCAAUAAAACUUUUGGGUGUUUUAUAACAGGAGCAAAAGAAGAGACAAAAAAGUACCCAUGUCAGUCCUCUAAUUUUAGGAAAAACAAAACAAUUGCAUAUAAUACAUAAGCGUCAAUUAUUUUUAAAAAAAGAGUAUUUGAUGGUUCAAUAAUAUUCAUCACCAAUUCUUGAUUUUUCUUUCCUCAUUUUAACUUAUUGCCUCCUUCCCCUUUGUUCUCACACACACAUACUUUACUUUGCAGAAUUCUUGCUUUUCUGGUUUUUCGAGCCGUUUAUUUUCUGGGAUUUUUUUUGUAUGUAAUUUUAUAUUUUUGGGGGCUCGACAUUUUUAUCUACUUAGGUUGGCCAUUUCUCACCUCUCCAAAGUCUUCAACUGUAAUCAACACACACAUUUUUGUACACUGUUUGUACACCCAAAUACUACACCAAUUAUAAAGAUUACUAUUCUAUUGUAGACUUGUAGUUGUAGCUUCCAAAGAGAGGAGAGAGAAAGGCAAACACAUUGCAUUGCAAGAGAGAGAGUCCAGCAGAAAUGCUAAGCAGAUAGUUUAAGACCCCAGAGUUAGAUUCCUUGAGUUUUUGUUUCUUUUCAUAUAUAUGAAAAAUCAAGAAAAUACAUCGAUUAUAAUAUUUACUAGUCAGUUGUAUUAAUUUUCCAGGUGGGAUUUAGCUAUUUCAGGGCUGUUUUCCGCCACCUGUUGGAUUCAGUUCUAGGGCUUUAAUGAGGGUUUGUUACAAGACUUGUUUUUUUCAUUCAUAAAGAUCCAAUUUUUUUUUCUAUUUUUGCUCCAUCUCUCAAAAUUCAAACACAGCUGCUCCUUCUUGUCUGAAUUCAACUAAAUCCAAAAAGAAAACAACCAUGUUUCCAAUGGUGAUUCCAAAUUCAAGCGAAGAAGGCACCAAUUCUUCAAGAAUCCAUCAAUCUGAUUUGGGCACCCUAAAUUCAAUGCUCCAGAAUUCCAACGCCAUAGCCACUCCUCAGUUGAAAAUCAAGAAGAAAAGAAACCUCCCUGGCAACCCAGGUAACCCUGAUGCUGAGGUGAUUGCGUUGUCUCCAAAAACCCUGAUGACGGCGAACAGAUUCGUGUGCGAGAUCUGCAACAAGGGUUUCCAGAGAGAUCAGAACCUUCAGCUCCACCGGAGAGGGCACAAUCUGCCGUGGAAGCUGAAGCAGAGGAGCAGCAAGGAGAAUCGGAAGAGGGCUUAUGUCUGCCCGGAGCCGUCGUGCCUCCACCACCACCCUUCUCGGGCGCUGGGAGACCUCACCGGAAUCAAGAAGCACUACUGCCGGAAGCACGGCGAGAAGAAGUGGAAGUGCGACAAAUGCUCCAAGAUCUACGCCGUUCAAUCCGAUUGGAAAGCCCACUCCAAAACUUGUGGAACUCGAGAGUAUCGAUGUGAUUGUGGAACCCUCUUCUCCAGGAAGGAUAGCUUCAUUACCCACAGGGCAUUUUGUGAUGCAUUGGCUGAAGAAAGUGCAAGGCUCUCAGCUGCCACUAACUCAAUCUUGCCACAACAAAACCCUAAUUUCAGUACCACCACCCAAUCAUAUCUCUUCAGCCCCCAAAACCUCCUCCCAUUCCGCAACCCGUGGGGCGGCCCUCUUCCCCAAAACCCUAACCCCAUCAAUCUCUCAUCGCCACUCUACCAAGAGAACCGGAGCUUGAUCAUAUCGUCGUCUCCCUUCGGAAACUUCCAGGCCGGGGCGGCUCCUCUCUCCGCCACCGCGCUCCUCCAGAAGGCGGCCACGAUGGGGGCAACGGGCAAUGUGGGCUCUACCAUGGCCCACCUCGACAUGCACAAGACUGGCGACGGCUUGACUAGGGAUUUUCUUGGGCUGACCGGAGACCAAUGCAGCGGCGGCGGCAUGAGGGAGCUGCAGCUGCCGCUGAUGAAAGUAUCGGGGUUUGAACGCGAUCACAACUCUCUGUUGAAGAACCAUGGAUUCGGGUUCACUGAAACCUGCUCAGGGUGGGGCAAUUGCUAGAGAGGAAGUGUCUCCUUUGUUUAGUAGUACAAACCCAAAAGGAGGGAAACUACAAGAGAGCUCGUUUAUGAUUGUGUUUUCAAUUCAAAUCGUGCACGGUUUCUUUUGUGUGUUAAAUUUGGAUUAUCUGUUACCGAGAAUAAUAAAUUAUCUGCGGAUCUUUUACUGAUUAA